AAUUUCCUUGACAAUAUGCUUUUGAGAAGUUCGGGAAAGUUGAAUGUGGAUAACAAGAAGGAAGAUGGUGUGAUCACAGCCCCCACCCCUCGGCCAAAGGUUUUGCAAUGCAAGUGCCACCAUCACUGUCCUGAAGACUCUGUCAACAAUAUCUGCAGCACAGAUGGCUACUGUUUCACUAUGAUAGAAGAAGAUGAUUCUGGGAUGCCUGUGGUUACUUCUGGAUGUCUAGGAUUAGAGGGCUCGGACUUUCAGUGCCGGGACACUCCCAUUCCUCACCAAAGGAGGUCAAUUGAAUGUUGCACAGAACGGAAUGAAUGCAAUAAAGACCUUCACCCUACAUUGCCUCCAUUGAAAAAUCGAGAAUUUGUUGAUGGACCCAUACAUCAUAAGGCCUUACUGAUAUCUGUGACAGUCUGUAGCUUCCUUCUUGUCCUUAUAAUUUUAUUCUGUUAUUUCAGGUAUAAAAGACAAGAAGCUAGACCUCGUUACAGCAUUGGACUGGAACAGGAUGAGACCUACAUCCCCCCAGGGGAAUCGCUGAAAGAUUUAAUUGAACAAUCUCAGAGCUCCGGGAGUGGAUCCGGACUCCCUCUGCUGGUCCAAAGGACUAUAGCUAAGCAGAUUCAGAUGGUGAAACAGAUUGGAAAAGGUCGCUAUGGGGAAGUUUGGAUGGGAAAGUGGCGUGGUGAAAAGGUAGCUGUGAAAGUGUUCUUCACCACCGAGGAAGCCAGCUGGUUCAGAGAGACAGAAAUAUAUCAGACGGUCUUGAUGAGGCAUGAAAAUAUUUUGGGAUUUAUUGCUGCAGAUAUCAAAGGCACAGGGUCUUGGACCCAACUAUACCUAAUCACAGACUACCAUGAGAAUGGCUCCUUGUAUGAUUAUCUGAAGUCCACUACUCUAGAUACCAAAGCAAUGCUAAAACUUGCCUAUUCUUCAGUCAGUGGCCUAUGCCACUUACAUACGGAGAUCUUUAGCACUCAAGGAAAACCAGCAAUUGCACAUCGCGAUCUGAAAAGUAAGAACAUCCUGGUGAAGAAAAAUGGAGCAUGCUGUAUAGCUGAUCUGGGAUUGGCGGUUAAAUUUAUUAGUGACACCAAUGAAGUAGACAUCCCACCCAACACUCGGGUUGGCACCAAACGGUACAUGCCACCGGAAGUUCUGGAUGAGAGUUUGAAUCGGAACCACUUCCAGUCCUACAUCAUGGCAGAUAUGUAUAGUUUUGGUCUCAUUCUGUGGGAAAUUGCCCGGAGAUGUGUAUCUGGCGGAAUAGUAGAAGAAUACCAGCUUCCCUACCAUGACCUGGUACCCAGUGACCCCUCCUAUGAAGACAUGAGGGAAAUUGUGUGCAUCAAGAAACUCCGUCCAUCCUUUCCCAACAGAUGGAGUAGUGAUGAGUGUCUACGGCAAAUGGGGAAACUCAUGACAGAAUGCUGGGCUCACAAUCCUGCCUCUCGUCUCACAGCUCUCCGGGUUAAGAAAACGCUUGCCAAAAUGUCAGAGUCACAGGACAUUAAACUUUGA